AUGGAAGCCGACUCUCAUGACAGGGAUGAGAACCUGUGGCCACCAGGAACAGUGACUCUGGAAGAUAGUAAGGGCUCUCGUCCUCUCAUUCUCUCAUCCUAUCAUUAUAUCCUCGUCCUCUUCCCCACCCCCUCAUCCGACCCCAACGAUCCCCUCAAUUGGUCAACAGCUCGCAAAACCCUAAACUUCACGCUAGUCAGCUUCUUCGUUCUAUGGACCUUUGUCCAGCUAGACAUCGGCUUCACGGCAUGGGGACCCAUACAAGAAGAGCUGGGGUUCACGGUGGAUCAACUUAACGCACAAGCAGCCGUCAACUAUGGCGGUCUAGCAGUGGGCUGCAUAUUCUUCAUGCCCCUGGUCCACAAAUUUGGAAGACGCCCAAUCUACAUCUUCAGCGUUGCGCUGCAAUUCGCAUCCUGCAUCUGGCAGGCGGAGAUGUACACUGUGGGCGAUCUGAUGGGCGGCGGCCUGAUCUCGGGCAUCGGCGGCGCAAUCAGUGAAACGAUCGUGCAGAUGACCAUUGCCGAUAUGUUCUUCGUGCACCAGCAUGCGACGAUGAACGGGUGGUAUGUGAUUGUCCAGUCGGCCGGUGCAUUCCUGGGCCCCGUGGCGUCGGGUUACAUUGUCGUGGCACAGGGGUGGAGGUGGAUGUGGUGGUGGUGUGUGAUUUUCUUUGGUGUGACGCUCGUUUGCGUGGUGUUUUUGUUCGAGGAGUCGAAAUACAUUCCCGUGCUGGACAGCGUGGAUGUCGUUCCGGCUGUGCCUUCCGUUGCGGAUUCAUCGAAGAAUCCUAAGAAUGAUGACUUGGACAUUACGAAGAACGUUGGUGAAACAAUUGCCAGUCGGGUGCCUACUAACACCCAAAUUAUGCCGAAAACUUACUUCCAGCGAAUGGCUUUGGUGACGACUACCGAUGAGCCUAUUUGGCCGCACUUUUACCAGCCUAUUGUUGCUCUCUUCACUUUCCCCGCUGUUACCUAUGCGGCUAUCACAUAUGGCUCCACGUUGAGUUGGUUUGCGAUUAUGACUUCGCUGCAGGCUUCUUACAUGAUUCUCCCGCCAUACAACUUCGAUGCUGUGGGUGUUGGUCUCAUGAACGUGGCUCCUUUUGUCGGGGCUGUUCUGGGGUUCCCCUUUGGUGGACACCUGAGCGAUAAAUCUAUUCUGUGGCUAUCUAAGCGAAAUGGUGGUGUCUAUGAACCGGAGAUGCGUCUUUGGCUGGCGCUCCCUAUUGCGGUAAUUAGUCCUGCAGGUAUAUUGAUGUUUGGCCUGGGUCUUGCCUAUGGAGUGCAUUGGGCUUUACUUGCUGUCGGUUUUGGUUUCUUUGGGUUCUCACUUGCGUCCGUGAGCGGUAUUGCGCUUUCGUAUCUGAUGGAUUGUUACCAGGAUAUCAUCGGUGACGCACUAGUAGGAGUGAUCUUUAUGCGCAAUAUUUUCUCUGUGGUCGUCCUCUUCGCGCUCACACCAUGGGUCGAAGGCAUGGGUAUGCGCGACUUGCACAUCUUGGUUACGGUUAUCGCCUUCGUUCUUUUGUUAAUUCCUGUUCCUUUGCUUAUCUGGGGUAAGAAGGCGAGAGUUGCUACUGCCCCUAUGUACAGGAAGAUGGCAUCGAACCAACUCAGCCACCGUACUAUUUAA